CUCUCAGAAUUUAAAUCAUAAGAAGCGCGUGCUCGUUUUUUCUCUCUAGCGUUUUGUUUUGAGCGUCUCGGCGGUUCAAAUUUUGGAUACGGACCGAUCUUUACGCACGGACCUCCGCGCGCGCAGGAUGAAGGUGAGCUUCGGCGCGCUGGUGAUCUCAGCCGGCAUCUGCGGGAUUCUAAGCUUCGCCUUUCUGGCGUCGUCUCUCGGAACCGAUUAUUGGUACAUCAUAGAAACGAACCCCCAGAACGCCACGGACUUUGAAGAUUUGACCUCGCACUCUGGACUGUGGCGCAUCAACGAAGGUAAGCUGCAACUUCUGCCUCGCGGUUUGAGCACGAGCUGUUUUGGUGCAGGAACACAGUUUCUUCUUUCAGGUGGACGGACGCAGACCGAUUCAGUUGACUCGUUUAUGACCGAUUUCUCCAGAUUAUCUGAGACGGAGAUGCGCUUGCUGAGUGAGUCUUCUGCAUUAAUCUGCAGUUUUGGUGCAACCCCAACUCCACUGAUGCUCCACAAACCGUCUGCUCCUCCUGCAGAUAUGCACAGUGCCAUAGUGGUAGUGCUUCCCCUCAGCCUGGUUCUGUUGCUGUUUGGAGGCAUCUGUGGAUUGAUCAGCUCCUUGGCCCGGAGCCCGGUCCUCCUCACCGGCACAGCCUCCUACUUCUUCAUCUGCAGUCUGUUGACGCUGUGCGGUGCCACCCUCUACAUCAUCUACUCGCACCAGGCCCUGGCAGAGACGGAGCGGCUGGUGGGGCAGGAGGGUCUGAGCUACAUCCACACCUCCUUCGGAUGGUCUCUGGGUCUGGCCUGGCUGUCUUACGCCCUGGAGCUCCUCGCCGGCGUUCUGCUGCUGGCUGCUGCUCAGACGGCCAAACUGCAGCAGAGCGGCGCCGUUUUAACUUACUAACCGUUUUCCUCCAAGUGACGGAACAGGACUCAGAGGGAGGCAGCAGGCAGGGUUUGACGGACGUGGAUCUCUUUUCUUUAGGUCUUUAAUACAUUUACUGCUCCUGGUGUGGCUCCACUUUAACAGCUACACCUUAAUAGAUAAUCAAUAGAUAAUAAAAUCUUCUUUCACAGCUUUAAAUUUGACUUUUUGAAAAUCUGUUUAGUGUAAAUGAGAACAAAGGCUGGUUUUUGAGUUAUUCUUCCCUGCUUUGGUGUAAUCACAUCACACUUUAUAGCACAAUAGAGGUACAAAAGAAAGAUUUUUAGUUUUUUUUUUUUAAUCAAUAAAAUCCCAAAACUACCAAAUUCUAGGCCUGCGCAAUAUACCUCAAAUUUAUGUCAACGAGGGUCAUUUGGAAUGUCAUUUUUAAACUGUUGCAAUGAAAUGGGAAUUAUGUUUUUGGUUGUUUU